AUGACCGUCCUCAAAGGGAACGUCGAGAUUGGAGGACCCAUUUUCUCAGGGGAAUCCACCGUCUCUUCUGAGGGUUCCCACACCACAGCCACUGGGAGUUCCACCACCACUUCUAAAUGGUCUGAAUCCACAGUCUUUUCUGAGGGUUCCCACACCACAGGCGCUGCAAGUUUAACCACCACUUCCGGCGCUGCAAGUUUAACCACCACUUCCAGUUGGUCUGAAUCCACAGUCUCCUCUGAGGGUUCCCUCACCACAGGCUCUGGGAGUUCCACCACCAUGUCUGGUUGGUCUGAAUCCACACUCUCUUAUGAGGGUUCCCCAACCACAGGGCCUGGGAAUUCCACUACCACUUCUGGGCAGUGCUACAAUGGGGCCACUUGGAACGGAGAAAAAUGUGCCUGUACCCAAGGCUACUUUGGUUACCAGUGUCAAUCCCCCUUGGGAUACUUCUUCAUAGAAACCCCGACAAAAAUCAAUGCCACUGUAGAAUUGAGAGUGAAAGUAACUAACAGAAAUUUCACAAAAGACCUAAAUAACAUAUCCUCCCAUACAUACCAGAAUUUUGUUCAACUAUUCAAGAGUCAGAUGGAUAAAUCUUACAGGAGCAAAGACUUUCCACAAUACAGAGGCGUGAUCAUUAGGAAACUACUCAACGGCAGCGUCAUGGUGGAACAUGAAGUCGUCAUGGAGGCAGACUUCACUUCAGAGUUUCAGGAGCUGUUUGCAAACCUCACUAAGAUCAUAAAGGCCAAGGUUAUGAAUGAGACCGGAAAGCUACUCAGUGAUUGUAAAGCCUGCGAAAACAUCUCACGCCUGUGCUACAGUGAGAAGGACACCUUCGUGAAUGAGACCGUGAAGCUCGGCUUUGACCUGCAAGAGCAAUGCACUCGGAAUGCUGCGAAGGAAUUCGCCCAAUUCUACUAUGUGGAUGAUCUGGAUGGGAAGCUGGCCUGUGUGACCAAGUGCACCCCGGGGACGAAGUCACAAAUGAACUGUCACCACGGCAGGUGCCAGCUUCAACAAAGUGGCCCCCAUUGCCUGUGCCUGAACUCGGACACGCACUGGCACUGGGGAGAAAGCUGUGAAUUUAGCACCAGCAAGAGCAUGGUGUAUGGGAUCGUAGGGGCCAUGGUGGUGCUACUGGUGGUCUCGGUGGUGGUCCUGGCCAUCUUACUCAGCCAAUCCCAGAGAAAACUGCACAGGCAAGAGAACAACCUGUCUCGAGACUGGCAAGAAGAAGAUGUCCCUGGCAAUUUCCAGAACACAGGCGUCUGGGAAGGUCAGAAUCUGCAGGGGGACACGUUUGGCCUUGAAAAUGUCUACAGACACUUCCAGCCUUCCCUGCAGAAUGUGGACCCCACCACAGAGCUCCACAUUCAGAGGCCCACGGUGGUGACAACUGCUCAGUGA